AUUAACUAACAAGGCUCAGUGUAAAAAAAAUAGUGUGAACUCUAAACGAAAAGUUUCAAAGGUUAAUUUUAUUUCAAAAACCAUAGUCAAUAUGGUGAUCAAUUCCAUAAGUAUCCUAAUUAAGAAAAAAAUAUCUUCACAGAUUUUAGAGGCAAUCGUGUUUUCAAUACAGAUGGAUACUACUCAAGAUAUAUCAGUAUAGGACCAAUGUUCACUUAUUGUACGGUAUGUGAACUUCAGUGGUGUACAUGAAAAACUUUUACCAGUUAUAACUAUGGCAGAAACUGUGAUAUGAAAUGUUGGAAAAUAAAUUUUUAAUUAGUGGACUAAUGCUUAUAAGUAUCUGCUUACACAACCAUGUACACAAUUAGUGACAUAAAUAUCAAAUUUUAUAAUUCUUAUUUUAGUACUUAAUUAUACAGUACAUUUUAAUUACUUAUUUUGAUUUACCAGGUAACAAUGGAAAGAUCAUUUGCCAAUCUAAAGAUAAUCAAAACACGUCUAAGAAAUUCAUUGAGUGAAGAAAAGCUAAAAGCAUUUAUGCUUAUGAAUAUGGAAAAAAGUAUAUUACAUAGUAUAGACUUAGAAGAAAUCAUUGAUGUUAUAAAAAAAAGUAGUGAUUUCUUAAAUAAAGAACUGUCAUAUUAG